GCCGGAGGCAGCUGCCGGCCGCGGCGCUCGCGUUGCUGCGAAUCCGCCGCUCCGCGGGGCGGAGUGUGUCCCCGCCGGCUUGCCGUGCGGGGAGGCGGGCCGGGGGCCGGCUGAGAUGGGAGAGAGCAUGUCCAAGAGGCUGAAGCUGCAGCUGGGCGGCGAGGCGGAGAUGGAGGAGCGGGCUUUCGCCAACCCUUACCCCGACUACCAGCCCCAGGCGGCAGGAGCCGCGGCCGCCCCCAGCGCGGCGGACGCCCAGCGGGACAGGGCGCCGCUCCCGCCGGAGGAGGAGUCCCUCCCCUUCGGCGCCGAUGGGAAGGUCAGUGCUCAGUUCUCAAAAAGGAUCCAGGCAAAAAUCAAGGACCUUCUGCAACAAAUGGAGGAAGGGCUGAAGACAGCAGAUCCACAUGACUGCUCUGCCUAUACUGGCUGGACUGGUAUUGCCCUCUUAUAUCUGCAACUGUACCGUGUCACAAAAAACCAGAGCCAUUUGCAGCGGUCUCUUGAUUAUGUGAAGAGAAUCCUUCGCAAUCUGAAUGGCAGAAGAGUUACUUUCCUCUGUGGUGAUGCUGGGCCACUGGCAGUGGGUGCAGUGGUUUAUCACAAGCUGAAAAACGACAGUGAAUCUAAAGAAUGUGUGUCCAAGUUGUUGCAGCUCCAAAGGACAGUCAUAAGCACAGAUGCUGAACUUCCAGAUGAGCUGCUUUAUGGCAGAGCAGGUUACCUAUAUGCCUUGCUGUACCUGAAUACUGAAAUUGGUCCGGACACGGUCUCACAGUCAGUUAUCAAAGAGGUAAUAGAUGCUAUUAUUGAAUCGGGGAAGAACUUCUCGAAGGAGGAGCGGAAAACAGACCGUUGUCCUCUGUUGUACCAGUGGCACAGGAAGCAAUACGUUGGAGCAGCCCAUGGAGUGGCUGGGAUCUAUUACAUGCUCAUGCAGCCAAUUGCAAAUGUGGACCAGGAGACCCUGGCAGAGCUGGUGAAGCCAAGCAUUGACUAUGUGCGUCAUAAAAAGUUCAGAUCUGGGAAUUACCCAUCGUCACUGAGCAAUGAGACUGACAGACUGGUUCACUGGUGCCAUGGUGCCCCCGGAGUCAUCCACAUGCUCAUGCAAGCUUAUAAGACUUUUAAAGAGGAUAAAUACUUGAAAGAUGCUAUGGAUUGUAGCGAUGUCAUCUGGCAGAGAGGUUUAUUGAGAAAAGGAUAUGGGAUCUGCCAUGGUACUGCUGGCAAUGGCUACUCCUUCUUGUCUCUCUAUAACCUAACUCAGGACAAAAAGUACCUCUACCGAGCUUGCAAGUUUGCUGAAUGGUGUUUGGACUAUGGUGCACAUGGAUGUCGUAUUCCUGACCGACCUUAUUCUCUCUUUGAAGGUAUGGCUGGAGCUAUUCACUUCCUCUCAGAUAUUUCAGUACCAGAGACUUCCCAGUUUCCAGCGUUUGAACUUGGACCUCAAAGGAGGGAAAACAAAGUGGAACAGGACAGCUAAAAGAUCAUUUUGAAGGGAAACUGAUGCCAAAAGAGAUGAGACUGUUUAGUGCCUCUGAUACUGAACCAACUCGACCCUGAACCGACGGAUGGAUAAACCCAUUUUCUCGCACCCCCCCCACCCCAAAGGACCAUGAAGUCAUUAGAGCAUGAACGGGAGAAGCCACAUUUAAGUUCUGUUAAAGUGACACCUUCAGACGUAGGACAAAAGAAGUCAAGUUUUGAACUUUCUCUCUUCCGUUGUAUUUGUCUUUUUCAGGUCUUUGACAUGCUCUGCAUGUUUAUUGGUGUUGUGUGUUGAUUCAAGUCUUUUGUUGUUAGCAAAAAGCUGGUCUUUGUGUGAAUCUCUGUCCUGUACCUUUGUGCAUGACUCACAACAGCAGUGUUGCUUUCUGCAGCGUGGUUACCCAGAGCGUUCCACCUUAUGCCAGAGAGUUAGCUGCAGGACAGUGCCCAGCUUCACUGGUGAGCUGGUAACUUUAAAAAGAGAUGAAAAACGUUUUUAUGUUCGUAUUUUUCUGCAUUUUUCUCCACAGUCUCUAGAAGCUAAGAUGAUGGAGAUCAGCCUUUUUUGAUGAAGAGGUAUGAGGCCAUCUCUGUUUUCAGAAACUUAGCAGGUUGGAAGGGACCUGAUUUAUCUUUUGCUGCUGUUGUGGGAGGUUUUUUUGAAAGCCUGAGAGUGGCUCCCUUUGGUACCUGCACCUGGUUAGUGUGUUAGGCACUUGCAGCAGGGUGGAGAUGCUUGUCCCCGCCUCUGCAAAGGCCCAUCCCAUGGCAUGAGCUUAAACUGCAGGUGGAGUCACCCGUACUAACCUCCCACUGCCACCAACAGCAGAGCAGGGACAGCGUAACUGUGCUUCUCCUCUCUUGUGUGUGGAUUUGUAAUAAGCCUGUCCUGCAGCAUCCUAGUAUACAAAUGAGUAAGGGAGGGCAUCGGGGCAGUUUCUCAUGCUGGUAACUCAGGAUGACUGUUGCUUCCGAACCAAGGUGGUGAUUUGUUCUGGGCUCUUCCGUCCCUCUCCCAGCCUCGCCACAUUUAGCCCAUGUAGUAUGGCAGGAGCGAUAAAUACCAGCUGCUUGUGGAGGCUGCAGAAGAUUAAUGAGCAAUAUGAAACUGUUGCUCGAGGCUGUAAUUGAAGUUUAUUUCAUCUUAAAAUCCAAACAGAAAAAGCCCUUUGCCCUUAGUUUUAACUGUGCUGCUAGUGCUUUGCUUCCCCUUGUAGUGUGGUGGGGUUGUGAAAUACUAGACCUGCCUCCAGGUGCUCCUGAGUAUCAGGCUCUCGGUUUGGGAGAACUGGGACAUACUCUGAGUACACUUACAGCAGGCUUAUGUGUUCCAGAUAGUAAGUAUGCUUACUGCUUGAAAAAGGUAAGUAGGUGUAGCACACUCUAACUCAUUCAAGCUCUGUUGUCAUCCUUCCCCCAGGUCUCCCUGUGCUCUGUCAUUCCAGGUGCUUAUUUUAGUUGGUAUCUUCUGUCAGGUGCGAGUGUGACAGAUGGCAGUGAGUUUGACCUUUCAGGCAUGCAUUGGGAUAUACAUGACCUGUGGGCUAUCUGCUGAGCGCCAGUGUUUGCGGUCAGGCUUGGAGAUGCAGUGUGGCUCCUGCAUGAAUAUCUGAAUGGUAGCAGGUGACUUCCUUGAACUUCACAGUGUCUGUUGCCAUAUCCAUUGGGAUGUUAAUAGUCUCCACAUUUGGUUCUGCUGGCCAACAGCAGCAGUGCCAGUGCAGGGACAGCUUUAAUGUCUCAGUGUAGCUCCUCUGCUGGAUAGUCAGGUAUGACUAAAACACAGGAGCAGGAGGAGAGACUUUUCCACCCCUCUGGCAAAGGGCAGAAGAUGAGGUGGCGGGGGGGGGCACCAAACCCAGAUGCAUCUGUACAGCCAGGGAUGAGGGAAAAUGCUGAAAGGCAGUGGGAGUGAGGGAUGCUGUAUGGCAAGCAGCUGGGGUGAAGCAAACCGGAGCAGAGCAGCAGAAAGCGGAGGGAUCAGUGAGGAACAGGGAGAGCUGAUUACGGGAGGCAAUGCACAGAGUGCACCAGUAGAGGCCAUCUCAAAUGAGAUGUUCCUCCGCGGCAACCGUGCUAAGGUCUAACUUUGUUUUUCUUUCUUCGGCCUGUGGAUCACUGAUCCUGCCCAUAGAUAAGCCAGGGAGGAAACUUGCCCACGGUGAAGUCUCACAGAAAUUCUAAGGAGUUAGAUGGCAGCUCUGAUCCUGUUUCACAUCACCCCUACCCCUUUUUUCCUGCCCCUUGGCAGUGACUGCAGAGCAUGUGGGGUGGGUUAAGCGGGAAAAGGCUUGCCAGGUUUGCAGGAACUGCCUGCAAACACACAACAGAAGCCACCGGCCUUCCUGGCAAAUCCCAAGCAUGUGUUGUACUGACUGCUUAACUAGGGGGUCAACAGGCAGGUUUUUUCAUUCAGUGAUUAUAUAUAUAUAUGCUGCCUUCGCUGCUGAGCUUGGACUGGCACAUGUGGGAGGUGAUUUUGGCUGGCUGGAGCCCAAGGGUAAUUAAAGUUUCCUAGUUUAAAAAAUAUAUAGGUAUAUAUACAUUUAGAACAGCCUAAUACUGAGCAGAUCUCCAAGAUGCUUGAGUGCACCCGUCGAAAUAAUGAGCAAGUCAGCUACCAGCUCUUUCUGUACUGUAGCCAGCCUUCUGCUGCGGUGGGGCUUGGCACUGUCUUUCUCUGCAGAGUCCUCUUGGAAUUGAGCAAGACUGGAAACGUAUCAAGUUGGGAAGCGUCUGACAGUGCGUCUGCCUCGUCUUCCUGAUGUGACUUUCCCCGUGGCUCCUCCUUUCUGUUUGUCACAGCAUUGUGAUAUCUAGGUGGCCCAUUAAGAAAGGAUAUUGUGUGAAGGUGAAAAAAUUUAUUUCACCAAGGCAUUGUUUUCAGAAAUCACAUCAAACUAAAAAUGUGGAAAAAGUCUCAAUAUUCCCUUGUUUGCUUUGUCCGUGUAUAAUCGUCCAUCUGUUGCAAAAAGCAGUAGUGUUAAAAAUGGAGAUGCUCUUUGGGCAGAAAAAGAGGAAAAAAAUGCUGAUGUUUUGUUCUUUGGCUUUAUUAGUAAAGAUCAAGCUAUGUGGUGGUAA